UGCAUUGCAUACUGCUACCAUGAAUGCCUGUGUGCUCUCUGUGCUGUGCCUCCUGGGUGCCUUGGCUGUCCUGGUAGAAGGGGUCACUGUGCAGGAUGGAGACCUCUCCUUUCCUCUGGAGUCAGUGAAAAAACUUAAGGGUCUCCGCGAGGUACAGGAGCCCAGACUGGUGAGUCACAAGAAGUUUGCUCCCCGGCUUCUUCAGCCCGUGGCACCACAGCUAUGUAGUAGCCACUCUGCACUUCCAGAAGCACUGAGGCCGGUCUGCGAGAAACCCAACGCCGAGGAGAUCCUGCAGAGGCUAGAGGCCAUUGCUCAGGACCCAAACACAUGUGAGAUCUGUGCCUACGCUGCCUGUACGGGAUGCUAGAGUGACAUCGCUUGCCUUUCUCUCAGCCCAUGUGGAAGCCCCUCUAUCUUCUAGAAGUCACGAGGCUAACAAACUCAUACCCUCAGCAUCUAUUGCCCUGCCACAGCGGGGAGGAGGCUGAGGAGACAGCUACCUGGAGAAGCCUUGCCUGAGGGCUAUGUUAACCCUCAGCCAAUAAACCAAACUUCAG